GAAAAAAAAAACUCCGAAGGAGCCUUCCGCGCGACGCUCCCCAGGGCAGCAGCACCGCAGCAGGGCUCCACCCCACCUAAAACCCUAGACCACCCGCGGGAGCGGAGUGGAGCGGAGGGGGAGCCUCGCCUGUCUCAGAUUCCGCCCGGCACCGGCGCGGCCACACCCGCCGCCAUGAAGCUGACGGUGAAGACCCUCAAGGGCACGCACUUCGAGAUCCGGGUGCAGCCCAACGACACGGCUUUGAGCUUGGAGCUGGCGGUUUCUCCUUGUAUGGUGUUGCUUGCAACUGAUUCAGAGAUUAUGGCUGUGAAGAAAAACAUCGAAGAGAAACAAGGAAAGGAUAGCUAUCCAUGGGGUCAACAACUGCUGAUUUUCAAUGGGCAGGUUUUGAAAGAUGAAAGUACAUUGGAUGAGAACAAAGUCAGCGAAGAUGGCUUUCUAGUUGUCAUGCUCAGUAAGAGCAAAACAUCUGGUUCAAGUGGAACCUCAUCUGCCCAGCCCUCAAGCACUCCUGCAACCAGGCAGCCACCUCCUGUAGAUCCUCCCCGGCAAGCUCCGCAACUCCCGGUGGCAGCAGCUACAACUUCUCAGCCUGAAGGACUUCAUGCACAGACCCCUUCAAACACAUAUGACAAUUCAGCAUCAAAUCUACUAUCAGGAAGCAAUAUUGACACAAUGAUUAACCAGCUGAUGGAGAUGGGUGGAGGCAGUUGGGACAGAGAUAAAGUCCAAAGGGCUCUUCGUGCUGCUUACAACAACCCAGAACGAGCUGUUGAAUACCUGUACUCUGGUAUUCCAGUAACAGCUGAAGUUGCUGUUCCAGUUGGUGUUCAAGGAGGAAACACAACUGAUCAACCUUCUAUAGGGGAAGAUGAUCUCACUGGAAUUCCAAAUAGUGCUCCAUUAAAUCUUUUCCCUCAGGGGGGUUCCAAUGCUGGAGGUGGUGCUGGAGGUGGACCACUUGAGUUUCUUAGAAACAACCAACAGUUUCAAGCACUUAGGGAAAUGGUCCAAACAAAUCCACAAAUCUUGCAGCCUAUGCUCCAGGAAUUGAGCAAGCAGAAUCCUCAAAUUCUAAGGUUGAUUCAGGAGAAUCAUGCUGAGUUCCUUCAGUUAAUAAAUGAGCCCUUUGAAGAUGGCGAGGGGGACUUCUUAGAACAACCUGAGCAGGAUGAAAUGCCUCUUGCUAUCAAUGUUACACCAGAGGAGCAGGAGGCCAUUGGACGGCUUGAAUCCAUGGGGUUUGAGAGAGCACGUGUCAUAGAGGCAUUCUUUGCCUGCGACAGGAAUGAGGAGCUAGCUGCAAACUAUCUUCUUGAGCAUGCUGGUGAGGAAGAUUGAGCAGGAAUAGUGUGCAGUCGCUUUUUCUGGACAUCUGACCCAAAUUGAUCGAGAUUGCGACACUGCCUCAGAAGUUCUGAAUGACGAAGCAAGGUCGAGAAGGAGCUGACACUUUGAAUUGAUCCCUUGUGCGAGACCCCAUAUUACAUUUCGCCUUAUACAUUCAAAUUAAAUACAUGUAACACUUAAUAGAAUGCUUCUGUAGUGCCUUCCGUCAUUCUCCAGUGGUAAACAUCAGUUCCAGUCUCUGCAUAGGGUUCGUGGGUUCCGGUACACCACAAGUUUGGGUUGGGGAGAAGAAUACUGCCUCGCUAGGAGGAUGCGUGCCUCUUUGCAUCGUAACAUCUUGGCAAAUUGCAAAAUACUGCACUUGCUAGCAAUUUCCAUUAAGUCUAUGGACUCAGAUCUAAUGCUGUGGUGAUUACUUGUGUUUCAAA